CGAAAAUGAGAAAACUGACAUCACAUGAUUUGUCUUUUUAUUUUAAUAAUUAUGAUACCCCUGAAAUUGAAUCGAAAAAGAUGUGGCACAACAUAUGGAAAUGAGUGUAUUUUUUCCUUGAUGACUAUAGAGUGUAGAGCACUGACACAGUAAUCACAAGAUGUUGUCAAGCCGAUGGAUGCACGUUUUGACGGAGCUGGCUCCACUGGAAGGCUUGGAUGGUCCACUCAGCCGAUCUGCCCGACUUUGCUACACUUGUAUUUCGGUGUCCAAGAAGUAUCUAGCUCUUGGCAGUAACACUGGCGGAGUGUAUAUUUUCAGCCGUGACAGUCUGAAGCAUUUACAAGUGGUGUAUGCAGAUGUCGAAACAAGCUCUGUGAUUGUGGCUGCUUUAAGUCCUAACGAUUCUGCAGUGGCAUUUGCUAUCAGUUCUGGUCAGGUGAUUGUAAUGGAGCUCAACAUAGAUCGCCGCUGUAAGCCCGAGAGACUACGUCUAAGUACUGAUCAUGUUGGAUUUACCGUCACUGCUCUGCACUGGGAUACAUCAAGUAGCAAGCUCUUCAUCGGAGACAGUGUGGGAAAAAUCAGUGUGGCUUACAUUCCAUCCUCAAAGGCAAAAACAUUGUUCACUCACCCCUCCGAGGUGAUUGUACGACUUGAUUCGGCUGUUAUCCAGCUUGACUGGUGGGACAGGAAACUGCUGGUGUCGACAGUAACACGCAGUUACCUCCUCAAUACAAAUAGGCACCAGUAUUCUCAAAUAGGAAAAAAUUUGAGAGAUGGAGAGUUUGGCAGUUGUUAUUUUGUUGAACCGAGGUGUCAGUAUCCGGUUGUAUACUGUGCUAGACCAGGAUCCAGGGUGUGGGAGGUUGAUUUUGAAGGCAAUGUUUUGAAUACUCAUCUGUUUAAAAAACUACUUUCUGUACCACCACUUCCAGUCAUUAAGUUCAGGUCUGAAAGUGUUCCAGACUUUGAUGAAUUACAAAGAUAUGAUUCACAGUCGGUUGCGUUCAACAAGAUGUGUCUUAUUGGGUCGUUUUUGAUCACAUGGAAUAAUAAAAGAAUCUACAUCUUUGACCCGGCCCGAGUGAAAAUGAUCUUGUGGGCAGAACAAGAGACUGCUGUCCAGGACAUUGCAACACAAGGAAAUGAGAUCUAUAUCUACUACUCUAAUCACUCUGUGAGCCGGCUCCAUCUCUUGCCGCUGCAGCAGUGUCUACAUCUUCUGUGUGGGAGACGCAAGUGGGCUGUCGCGGGACACCUGCUUGCCUACUGCGAUCACUUUGUGAGUUCCUCUGUGAUACAGCAACACAUCAAGACUGACACGCUGGUUGAAAUAAUUCAAAACAUUACCAGUCAGGUUGAUGUUACUGUUGCUGAAAAACUGCAGGUCAUUCUAGAGGAGUUCAUCCCAGAACGUGGAGGAUCAGAUAUUAACAGUGGAGAUGUGGAGAGUGAUACGAAUUCUGGGAUUGUUCGCUUAACGUCAGGAAUUUUUGUUGUGAAUGAAGGUUUGCCUGUAGGUAUUGAAGAUCAGAUGAAGGCUUCAUUUGAUGAUCAUUUGGAUUCUUCAGAGAAAAAUAAGAUGGUUUUUGAUCAUCAUUUGGAUUCUCCAGUGAAAGGUCAAAUGGUUUUUGAUGAUCAUUUGGAUUCUCCAGUGAAAGGUCAAAAUGUUUUUGAUGAUCAUUUGGAUUCUUUAGAGAAAGAUAAAACAGUUUUUGAUGAUCAUUUGGAUUCUUCAGAGAAAGAUAAAACAGUUUUUGAUGAUCAUUUGGAUUCUUCAGAGAAAGAUAAAACAGUUUUUGAUGAUCAUUUGGAUUCUUCAGAGAAAGAUAAAACAGUUUUUGAUGAUCAUUUGGAUUUUUCAGAGAAAGAUAAAACAGGUUUUGAUCAUCGUUUGGAUUCUUCAGAGAAAGAUAAAACAGUUUUUGAUGAUCAUUUGGAUUCUUCAGAGAAAGACAAAAUGGAUUUUGAUGAUCAUUUGGAUUCUCCAGUGAAAGGUCAAAAUAUUUUUGAAGAUAAUUCGGAUUCUACAGGAAAAGGUCAGGCAGAUUUUGAAGAUAUUUCGUUAGCUUCAGAAACGGAAUCAAUUCGGUUCCAGAUAGGUGACCUUGGGGACGAACACAAUUCUGAGUCUCUUACUGAUGAGAAUUUAUCAUUGAAACAAAAAUCACAAUUAUUAUCUUCCGCAGAUUCGGGAAAUUUAUGCCAUUUGACAGAAUGUUCUGAACAUACUGUGAUUGUUGAGAAUGGUUUUUCUAAAGAAAAGGAGUUACUAAGCAACAGUGAUUUUGGCAGAAUCAACAACAUCCAUGUGAAAGAAAAUCCUAUCUUAAUAGAGAAUUUGUGUUCUGUGACAGAGACUGGUGCUGAAAUUAAAAGUGAUUUGUUCAAAGGGGACAGAAAUAAUGCAAUGGAAGAAGAUUAUGCUAAAGAAAAUAGUGUAGAAACUCGAGAAACUUUGACUGUUGAGUUGGUAUCUGGUGAGUCGGAAACUCAUGACAUGUCCUUCACAGAAAGUGCGGGAUACAGUGUUGUGAAUGGAUUGCAGGGUGAAAACCAUCAAGCAGUGGCUAAGUUAAUUAGUGAGGAAAGACCUAACGCUUCAACACAAUCUUCAAGUGAUAAUGCAUGUGAUAAUGUUCAUCUGGUAACAGCAGAGGAUGACACAACAGUGAUACAAGAUGUAAUUGUAAGCAGCAACUCGGUGAUGUCAGCACAAGAGAGUCCAUCUGCAGUUACUGCCGAAGACCAGAGUCAGUUGCCAGUAGCCAGCGUGUCUAGCGUGGCGGUCAUGAAGUCGGUGAAUAAACAGCCAGUGUGUGACAAAACAUCAUUAUUUUCUGAUAGUUCACCACCAUCAGACAUCGUGUACAGAAGUCAAGGCCAUUAUAGAAGAUCAGCCAGUACUGGUUCAUUGAGGAGACUGAAGAAAAAAGAAAAGAAAUUAAAUUCUGCCACAAGUUUAGAAGAGGAAGCAGACAUCAACCUUUAUACAAAAGUUGACCUUGACCCUGACACAGUGUCCAUUGACACACUCAGCAGUGUCGAGGAAGGGGAAAUAACUCCCGAUACAGUCUCACUUGGGGAAAUUGACAAUGUCUCAUCAUAUUCUACUCACAACAGAUCUAGAACACCGGUCUAUCUGUCGGAUCACGAAUUCAUCCCGUCACUGAUUCAGCGAUUGUCAGCAGGCGGGGUGACACCUGGCAUUGAUGAUCAUAGUAGCAGAGAUGGGUCUCCUUCACAUUCUCAAGGCAGUUCAACUGCAACCUCCCCCAGAACUGCCCUGCUGUCUGUUAAAGAAAGUCUGUCCAACAAAACUAAGUUUCUCUUUGAGAGUAUUCGCAAGAAGAGUCUGUUGGGAAAAUCUCCGACCUCCGCUGGCGAACCAGACACAAAGGAAGUACCUGAGCUUGCAUUAUCACCAAAGCCAGCAGUUGUAGAAACUCCUGAUAAGGAUUUGAACCAGAAUGUGGACGAGAAAGAAUGGAAUCAGUUCAGAAUUGAUGUCAAUUUGUCCUCCCUCCAGACAGCGACAGAUUCCACCAAGACAAAGCUCCAAGACUUUGCAGUGCUAAUGAACCCCGACUUGUUGAAAUCACACUUGUUAGAGUGGGUAAAAGAACUACAUUUAACAUUGUGGCUUCUUCACCAAGAGAUUGAUAAAGAAAGGCAGAGCAAGAUAAAGGAGCAAAGAAAACAAAUUAGACUGAAACAGAAGCAAGCCGACUUGUUAAAAUAUAAAAAUAAGGCUGAGAGUGAUCAGUCAAAAAAUAAUGAAGAAGUUUCAGAAAUAAUCAAUAUGACUGGUCAGAAAAAGAUUGACGAUAGCCAAACUGACCAGCUGGAUUUUGAAAGUAGUACUGAGGACCAGUCGGUUUCAGAUAUCACUGCUACGACUGCUGGCCAAUCAUCUGAGGAGUUGGGUACUUCAUUUGACAGUAGCAGCAAAUCAGAACCUUUGUCUCAUCUGAGUAGUAAAGAAGAACUUCAAAACAAACUCCUUUCAGAAAUUGCAGAUAAUAUUUAUACUGAUUCCGAUGGAAAGAAUUUGGAUUCUAAUAGCAAUACUUGUCACAGAAUACUGUCUGUUGAAACUGAGGUACAGACCCAAGAUGAUGACGUUGCACCCAUAGAUUGGUUAGAAGUGUGUCAUGUGACGAAUCCAUUCAACAUGCCUCAGCAGUUCCAUGCAGAUGUAUCUGAGUUAACAAAUCUAUGCCUUGAAACAGGUUGUCAUGGCAAUGUAUUAAAAUUUGUUUCAAAACAUUCAGACCCAUCAGAAUCUGAAGACCUUAAACACGGUAAUAAGAACAAUGCUGAUAAUGACAGUUGUAUGGAAGAUAGUAGACCGUGUUCGUGUGUGUGCUGUUUGACUCAGUCCAGUGGUGAAUCAAGUCUGCAGGACUGCACGUUUGACAAGGAGAUGGCUCAGUUUGUGAAGAGUUAUUUUCACUGUUUGGAUUGGCAGAGGGUGCAGCAGACUUUGCAUGGUUGUCAUAGAAACCUGUUUCACACGUGGUCUGCACUUGUCACAUGUUCUCAGGAUAUUGGAAGAACUGAUCAGGUCAGUGUUAAACUGGAUAACAAGGAUAUCCACAGUGCAACUGACCUCCUUCGAUCGGGGAUUCUGGCAAAUAAACAUGCAUUUUUAGGACAUUAUGCAAGGUUGUUCAGUAUUAACACAUCGCAUGCUGUAGAAUUUGCCUCUGAGAUUCCAAAGAUAGUGUUCCCUCAAGACAUUGUGAACUUGUGCUGGAUGUGUAGCAAACCUGUGGAGCAGUUCUUCUCUAAAUAUAUUAAUCUGCGACUCGGUGAAAUGCCAUCAUACCUGAAAUUGUGUGUGAUGAAGGAAGUUUGCUCGUCAUCAUGGUUACGACAUACAGCUUUGGACUGUUUGCUCAGACAGACAUUACAGGAUCAGGUGUCUGAAAGUGACAAACCCAGACCUGGAAGCCAUUUAAUCAGUUGGGUGAAUGAAGACAUGAUCGAAAGCGUUCUUGAUCUUUGUGUCAACAAUGUAGAAGAAAAGGCAUUGUGUUGCUGUAAAAAAUAUAGGUACUGGAAAGGCUGUCUGAGAUUUCUCAAGAGGAAACGGGCGUGGAAGGAAAUGUUGUGGAUAAUAGUUCACCUGGGUGAUGUUACUCUCCUUGAUGAGAGGCAGUCAUAUGGUUAUCUACCUCAAUCCAUCGAACAGUGGAACUACUUUCUUCAGAAGUAUUCUGACGCACAUUCUGUGACCCAGUGUUAUAGUUCCACUGAAUGUACCAAGCAGUUUGAUUGGUCAGUCUCCCUGACCUGGCAGAGUAUCUGUGAGCUAUUGGUGAAGACGCUCGGACCAGCCACUGCCAUUACACUGCUACAGAAGUUUAACAUCCCAGCACUGGGACUGUCACCUCAGUUUUACCAAAUGUGCCUUGUGGAGUCGCAGAUUCAGCAACAACAAAGGCUGGUUCUUCACAAUAUGCUGGAGAAAGUGGACACCUACCUGUGGGCUAAACGGUCCCCACACAUGGCACCCCAGUUGCUGUAUGCUGUGAGUGAAGAGAAAAAGGGUCGGUCCACUGACAAAGAGUCGGGAGAUGACAGCUAUCAACAAUUGUUUGGACAGAUUUCCAGUAAACGAAACCUCGGACAAACAGCAGAAGAUUCAGAAAGUCACUGGGGAGUUCCUGCAGAUAUCAGCAGCCGAUGUAGUAACUGCAACCUGAAGUUGACAGAGACCGUUUCACACGUACUGCCUGGUGUGACAGUUUUCCAGUGUGGUCACACUUUCCACAGAUUUUGCAUUCCACAAAACACGUGUCUUGUUUGUGAUAUCUGAAGAAUAAGUUGAUGCUGUAUCGCCAGUGAUGAUAUGUUUAGCAUUAAAGUCAGUCUUAAGCACUGCCCUGUUAUGUGCACCAAAUAUUUUUACACUGUACAUUUUCACAUAAUGAGUAUAAUUGUGAUAAUUUUGUAUGAUAAAGAUUCUUAAGUAUUUCACCUAUUUUACAGAAAAGUUUACUAAAUUUUCUUAAUAUGAGUGCCUAAAAUUUAAAUAUGUUUUGAUAUCUGGAAUGAUUUGAUUUUGGCAUCAUAAAACAACAGAAUAUAUACCUACCUACAUAUAGUAAUUAGCAGGGCCCAGAUUUUCAGUCAUCUUAGCACUAUGAUAUCGUAAAACCGCCGUAGGCUAUGACAUUUGUUGUUGUGACAUCAUAGCUUAGAACAGUUUUACGAUACCAUAGUGAUGCGAUAGCUUCAGAAAUCUAUAGCCAGGUUCUAGGAAUCAACUUCCAUCCAGAGCGAGUUUUACAGGGUGUAUACUACCAAAUCUAUUGUUUAUGUCUAUUCUGUAUUUUAAAACUUAGCUUGUUCGCUUGCUCAUAAAAAAGAUUGCUAGCUACAUUUUACACAUGUGAAUAAAUGAUGGUCAGUUAUUAGUCGCUCAAUAGUAUAUAAUAUAUAGUUAUAUAAUUAUAGUUAUAUUUGUAACUUUUAUAAUAGAUUUUUAAAUUGAUAUGAUUCUGUAAAUUAUAAUUAUUAUACAAUUGCUAAGAACAAUAUUUUGUUUUGGGUAAAAAGCAUUUGCACGAUCAUGUAUACAGUAAUUAAACAGUAUUAAUUAUUUAUUUCAUAGUGUAUGUUAAUGUUAUUUCUUUGACAAAAAAAGUUCAUUUAUAUAACCGAUAUCAAUAGAUAUUUUGUGUCAUUAGAUGUGUUUUUCGCCCAUUUUUUUUCUUCAAAAUGUUCGGUUGUGUAAUGUAAAUCUAGUUUUGAUUUAAAACUUUCAUUAUUUUGUUCAGUCAUCCAAUUAUUUUUUUUCACUUGUAUGCAUAUGGGAGUCUAAAACAUGGUUUUAAUAUCUUCUUUUUUUUCAUGUUUCUAAUGGAUUAUUAUGAACAAAUGCUGUAUAAAAAUAUAAUGUCUAAAAUAAGUGUGACUGAUUUUUAUUACGUUUUAUAAAGUUUGUACAGUACACGGACCUGUGUGAUAUAAUCAUAUUUUUUUCUCAGAAUGUAGAUGUGUAUAAAAACUUACAUGGAUAUAGUUAAAUGUAAAAAAAAUUAAAAUACUCACAGUACACCGAGGUUGUCAAAUGAAGAGUGUUUUUACCAAACUUACUAGAUCCACAGUCAUAAACUACCCCCCUAAUGCUGGAGCAAAACCUCAAACUUGUGUACAAAUUAUACAGAUAUUCGGGCAAAAUGUGCUAACCUAAGACCUUUUUACCAUGUAUUUUCAUCAUUCUACCUCAAAAUUAGUUGUGAUCCAUGUACA